AUGGCUGGUAGUAAGAAUAAAGAAAGUAAGCUGAAAGUGCCGAAGGUAGUACCUCAAAAAGAUCAUUAUUCCAGAAUUUCAUAUCUUUUGAAUGCCUCAAAUUUGUUCAGUGCAGACUCCAAAUAUGAUAUUCUUGCAAGAGGCUAUUCAAGAAAUUUAGAUUUAGUAUCAAAGAAGACUGUCAUAAAGCUAGCUCCAGCUUUAAAGAGAUCAUUGUGUAAGAAAUGCAAUACAUUGUUGAUACCAGGUUUAACAAUGUCCAUGUCCAUAGAGAACACUUCCAAAAAGCAGUCUCCACAUAAUGAUAUACUUAUACACAAAUGUAUAAGUUGCAAUACAGUCAAACGAUUCCCCGUAGGAUCUAAUAGAGAAUAUGUUGUAUUCAGCGAAAGGGAAGAUGUUAAGAUAACGUCUGAAUGA